AUGGUGCAGCGUCUGACCUACCGGAAGAGGCACAGCUAUGCCACCAAGUCCAACCAGACGCGGGUCGUCAAGACCCCAGGUGGUAAGCUCGUGUACCAGUACACCAAGAAGAGGGCGAGCGGCCCCAAGUGCCCUGUGACCGGGAAGAAGAUCCAGGGGCAGUAUUCGAUAUCUCAGUUUGUAUGGUGGAUGAGUUGGAUUCUUGUGUCUGUAUGA